AUGAUAACAGACCAGAAUAGUAAAAUAAAAGCGCUACUAAAGAAGAUUCAAAUAAACGCACAAUCGAUGCUCAAGAAAAUAAAUAACGUAGACCGGAGCACGAGUACUAAAGAAGCUAAAGAUUUUGGAUUAGUCUCUCGGUAUGUUGAUGUUUCUAAAAGUCAAUAUGAUGAGCAUCAGUUGGAGCUUCCAAUAUUAAAGAAGACUCUUGACACUUCUGUAAGCGAUUACGUGGCUGAAUCUAGAAAUUUCAAUGGUCACUUUGGCACUUCAAGUUACGGUGCCAGUGCAAAUGGUAACUAUGGGGGUCACGCUCAGACGUAUCAUCACCAUUCGAUCGGCUUCGAUCCAAUCAACAUAGUAGUUUCCAUGUCCUUGCUGUCAUUUCUCCUUCAAGCUCUUCAAGGUUUACUCAGUAGAACACGGCUUCCAACACCAGUGGUAGAAGCAAGAUUCCUGAAUCCAGUACAAGAGUGGUUAAAAAAAUUUGAAACAAAUACUGACGUGUCUUUGAAACCCAGUGAUAUGAAACGGAAGUAUCCAAAAAAAUAUUACCAUUAA